AUGCUCACGAAAGAAGUUGCUAGACGAGCCAUGGAUGAAAAGUUAUUCAGUGAGGUGGUUGCGGCCACAGUUUCUCAAACUCCUAACCAUGAACUUAUUCAACAAGAAGUUGCAGAGAAGCUUGGUUUAAAAUUCCGCGAGAAAAGUGUACCUAUAAGAGCAAACCGGCUACAAUUUCGAUUGAGGCAAGAAAAGAAGAUACUCAUAAUUUUGGAUGACAUUUGGGAGAAUCUUGAAUUGAAUGAGGUUGGAAUGUCUUUUGGGGAUGCUCAGAAGGAAUGCAAGAUAUUGCUAAUCUCUAGAUUUCAGAAUGUGUUAUGCAAUGAUAUGGAGGCUGAGAAGAAUUUUCAAGUUGGACCUUUAACUGAUGAUGAAGCAAUAAGUUUGUUUAAGAAAAUGGUGGGUGAUUGGACAGAAAAAUCGGAUUUUCGAGAUUUGGCAACUCAGAUUAUUGAGAAAUGUGGAGGAAUACCGGCUACUAUUGCAAAAGUUGCAUCUGAAUUGAAAAAUAAAAGGUUGUUUGUUUGGAAGGAUGUCUUGACACAACUAAAAAGGUCUGCCAACUAA